CUUGCUCGAGCUUUGGUGAAGAUCCUUUUUAACGUGAAAACAAAAAGUACCACAAAAAACUAUCUAAACAUGUCUCUUGAACGUGCUGUUCGUGCCAAGAUUGCCGGCAAGCGCAAUCCCGAGAUGGACAAAGAGGCCCAGGAAUGGAUUGAGGCAAUUAUUGCUGAGAAAUUCCCCGCUGGCCAGCAGUAUGAGGAUGUGUUGAAGGAUGGCCAAGUUCUGUGCAAACUGAUCAACAUUCUGUCGCCCAAUGCUGUGCCCAAGGUCAACUCAUCUGGUGGCCAAUUCAAGUUCAUGGAGAACAUCAACAACUUCCAGAAGGCUCUGAAGGAAUAUGGUGUACCCGAUAUCGAUGUCUUCCAGACUGUCGAUCUCUAUGAGAAGAAGGAUAUUGCCAAUGUUACCAACACCAUUUUCGCUUUGGGACGUGCUACCUACAAGCACGAUGACUUCAAGGGUCCCUUCUUGGGCCCCAAGCCCGCUGAUGAGUGCAAGCGUGAUUUCACCGAAGAGCAACUGAAGGCUGGCCAGACCAUUGUUGGUCUUCAGGCCGGUUCCAACAAGGGUGCCACCCAGGCUGGUCAGAACUUGGGCGCUGGCCGCAAAAUCUUGCUGGGCAAGUAAAUUUGCUAAAAGUAUUUUUUGGAGUUGGAGUUUAAAUAUUAUUUCAUCACUUUUAUAUCUCUAAUUUACUUUUGUAAGUUUAAAUCAUAUUAAAAAAAAAAAACCAAA